CGUGGAACACUCGGAAUGUGUGUAUCCUGGAAUACAACGUAGCGGCGCUAUUUGACAAUUACUUUGCCAACUAGACUCGGAUUGUUUCAGCUAUCCGAAUAUCCAAGCAAAACAUACUUGCUCCACUUCUGGCGAGCACACCAACAUUAAGCCCUGAAAACAUUUCCAUCCGGUAGUUUGAACCGGGGCCUGCUUGAUAACAUUUUCCAAUAAUACAUUUUGGACGAUAAAUUCCUGAACGACUGAUUGAAGAUUGAGAAAAUUUCCUGCAGCAUGAAGAUGCCUCAAGACUGCUGCGCCUAGUUGUUUAAAGCGAUGCCGCCAGGCAUCAAGAUAUUGACAACGCCACCCCAACGCGGGGCUCCUACCGCCCAAACACCUGGCCUGGAAGACUUUCUCAAAUACGGUUGGAACCAGACCUACACAUCCGAAGCCUUGUACACUCACAUACAAGCUGCUUCUGAUCUGCACCCGCUACUCGGCGCUCUAGCAGAUUCCGGUCCCGCACCGAUAGACCAACAUGGUCCCUCCCUCUACAUCAACAGCAAAUCAGACCAAAUCGGAUGCGACGAUUACAUCCCCUUUCUCUUCGCCCAACUCAAGGACCCCCACAUCCCCGUCAACAGCAUGAACAUCUGGCGCCAAAACUUCCUCGAGGCCAGAAACCUCCCCAUCCUCAUGAACGCGCUCUCCUCAUUCCCCAACGUCUGCGUCCUGAAUCCACACACUGUCAAAUGCAACGAAUCGCAGUUCAUAUCCCUCGUCGGGUCUUACCCCAAUCUCCAGAACCUGGAGACGCAGGACAUCGACAUUCGGGAAUACGAGUCGGCUAACAGCGCGCAUGCGGAUCCCAUGGAGGCCACUUCUGUCACCCCCAGGGAGAUGAGCGACGGUCAGCAAGGACCAGAGAUCCAGGGAAUCUCCAUAUAUGUCGAUAACACCACCGGCUGGAUCUUCCUCGAUCUCUUUGCGAGCCGUCGCUCGCUCGUUGCAUUGUGCAACCUGUCCAAGCUGACCCUCCGGCACCGUUCCCGUGUCAUAUGCAACGACAAUAACUUCGUUCGCCGGCUUUCCCAUAUCAUCAGGCUCUGUCCCAUCCUUUGGGAGAUCUACAUCGACAGUUUCAAUAUAAUCACCCCCCUCGAGCCUCUCAACCUCGGCACCGCCAUCAACCACGUCUAUGUCUUCCUCACUGACAAGAACUUUGAGACGAACAUGACCGUCAACUGGUGGGCCUCUACUCCUCACCAGCUCAAGAGUCCGCGCCACCUUUCCAGGGUGACUAUCGAAAUGGAGGUCGACAUCGAAAACAUUUCCCGUGCGAGUUGGAACAAGUUUCCAACAAAAGUUCCUCGUUGGGCUAUGCUUGACGAAGCCCUUACUCGACCUCAGCUCAAGGUAGACAAAGUUUCCCUGGUGAUGUUUGAGUCUUUGCGAGUUCGGGAGGGAUUCAGUAUGAGUGCGUUUUCGACAUGGCUCUCUAUGAAGUAUGGAAGGAAGUUCUUGACUACACAUUAGUGAAGAAAAGAAGAUUUCCCUCGCAUCCCAGUAUGUAUCCACUGAACAAUUAAACGCUACCGCUCUCUCAUAUAAUUUGCUUUGCUCGUAGCUUUGUUGUUGUUUUGACAUGUAUGAACUGUAUCUAGUAUAUGGAACUCAA